UAGUCUACACGUGUCGCGUUCACAACAAAAACAAUGUUCGAUUUAAUAAAUUAAAACACAUGUCAUUAUCCUUGGCUCCGAGAAUGUCGACAUUUUUUGGAUUAUUGUUUAUUGUUGGCACAGCCUCCACUACACAAACACAACAGCCUGUUUUACUCACAACUCUCAUAAACAGCAACCGGAUUGAAGAAGCAAGACGUCUGUCAUCCGUGAAUCGCUCUAUAGCCCUCGAGUACGAAAGCUAUUCUGGAUUCUUAACAGUAAAUAAACAGUACAACUCCAAUACGUUCUUCUGGUAUUUCCCUGUGCGGAAUAAACCAAAGGAUUCGACCCCGUGGAUUAUAUGGCUUCAAGGAGGACCCGGGGCAAGUAGUUUGGCGGGUUUGUUUGACGAAAUCGGUCCGUUCUCGUACAAUAAGAAAAACGACACUAUUGAAGAACGUGAAUGGACCUGGUUGAAAGGAUAUUCGAUGUUGUUCAUCGACAACCCUGUCGGCGCUGGCUUCAGCUUUACAGACAGUAACGAUGGCUUCGUUAAAAAUAUGGAUGAGUGCGCUUCGGAUCUGUACACAGCUUUGAAACAAUUCCUGAUAAUAUUCCCCGAAUUACGCACGGCACCACUGUACAUUGCCGGUGAGUCGUACGCCGGGCGAUACAUUCCACCUUUUGCCAUGAAAUUGGCGGAGCAAGACCUCAACAUUGGCACCUUUGAAGUCAAUCUUCAGGGAAUAAUAAUGGGAAAUCCAGUGGUGGAUCGAUACAGUGUUGCCAAUUAUACUUCCACAUUCCAGCAGUGGGGUCUAAUAGACACGCAAGGAGCUAUGUCAGUUAAAUCUCUCCAAGAUCAAUACAUUAAAGCCAUAUUGGACGGUGACGCGAGUGCUGCUUACGAUUUACGCGACCAGUUGCUGUACAAACUAACUAAAAUUACAUUACAAAACCAAUUUUUUAAUGUACUGAAAAGCAAUAAAGAUCUUACGCUGUCUGAAUUCGCGGCUUAUCUACAAAAGAGUACAGUAAAAGAGGCACUCCACGUUGGAGACACAGAUUUCUCCUUCAUCAACACUACUGUAGACCUCGAGUUGAAGUCAGAUUUCUUAACUGAUAUUGGAGGUACAGUCACAAAGUUAUUAGAACAUUGCAAGGUAUUAAUAUACUGUGGACAACUUGACUUGACUGCGCCAUGUGUACAAAGCGCUCAAUAUCGCAGACGCUAUUGGCAGUGGAAUAAAAAAGAACUUUUUCUUAGAGCACCCAGAAGACCCUGGUUGCACAAGAAUGUAGUAGCCGGGUACACCAAAAGCGGGGGUGGUUUUACAGAAGUUUUGGUGAAAGGAGCGGGUCAUCUUGUACCCAUAGACAAACCAGAGGAACUAUACGAAUUAAUCAGCUGGUUUGUGUCAAGCCGAGAAUUACUGCCAUCAUCCGAUUUCGACUCAGCUUCAGAAUAUGUUCCUGAUUUAGAUAAAUCGUAUUUUAGUUCUACGUCACCAUCAGCAGAAUCUGCAUUGGGACCACAACUCGUUGGUUUAAUAAUUAGUAUUAUUAUUAAUUUUAUUCUAGUCAUCAGUAUAGUUGUUGCAUCGGUGUACUUUUUGCGCCGUAGAAGAGAAAUAGCGGCUUAUUUUUAUAACAACGUUGACGAAACAUCAAUAUCUCAAUCGUUUAAUAUGACAUAGUUGUUGAUCUUGGGAAUUACCUUUUUAUCAAAAUUGUGAUGCAUUAACAGCGUUAAAAGUGUCAGUAAAUUAAUUAUUACAUGUAAUGUGUCUUCACCAAAGUAGCUUACUCGGAAUAAUUUUUCAAAAACGUGUAGUUAAUUGCUUUUUGUAUUGUUUUUUUUUUUUAAAACAGCAUCAUUGGCUUACCUGUACCGUAUCUAUUUAUUUAAUGCCAUGGAAUGUUUCAACGUAAUUUCACAAUAUAUCAAGACAAUAGAUAUCAAUAAACGAGGACAAUACAUUAAUUUCAUAACUUAAACCUGAUGAUAUAUUGACCAAGAAGGCGAAAUA